GUACAACAUUGAAAACAAUUCUUAUGAAACUUUAAUGAGAGGAAGCAGAUGAACACCAGGAGUGCUUAGCCGUUAAUUUUAGCAAUUAAAUAUAAACGAUGCGACAUGAAAGUCAGUAACAUCCCAGUUAACCUACACUCACAGCGGGAGCACGGGAAUGUGCAUAUUUCAUAACUCUUUGAGCUUCAACCCAAGAAAGGUCAAACACGGUUUAAUAUUUUAUUCCUUUUCAGUUUGUGUUGUGAAGAUAGACAGUGUCCACAGAGCUGACGUGAAAGCCCCAAAAAAUAUGUCUGAGUGGCGCUCCUCAGCAUGCAGCCAACACUGGGACUGUGUUCUUCUUCCACAGCCAGAGGGGAUGCAGGCAGUUCAGAACAGUAGUCCAUAACCCUGAGGCUAACUGAGGGAGGUGUACAGUCCCCAGUGGUCCCUGACGUAGAGGCUGGAGUCUCUCCUAAGUGCUCUGCAGGGUCAAAGCGUAUGUUGUGGUUUUUAUGCCUGCGGUGAGCCAAACCAGGGUCAAGACUUGGGAGACCUGAAGGAGUGAAGAGCAUGGAGAUGGGUCCACCUGAAGCCUUUUGGGUGUUGCAGCUGCUGUUUAUUGUCUGCUCAUGUAAGGGUUUGUACCCGGGAUCAGAGGACGGCUGGCAGGUGUACAGCACAGCUUCAGAUCCUGACGGCAGGUGUGUUUGCACGGUGGUCGCUCCGGCACGAAACCUCUGCAAACGAGACCCUCGGAGUCGACAACUACGCCUGCUGACUGAACAGGUUCAGAAUGUGAGUCAGUCCAUGGAGGUGGUAGACCUGCGGACAUCCAGAGACCUGCAGUAUGUCCGAGACUCUGAGCCGCUGCUGAGAGGAGUGGACGGACGUUUACACACUUAUGUCGCCAACCCCCGCACUCUGACGGCAAAGGGCCUGCAGGAGUUAAAGGGCCAGAUGUCUCAGCUACGACCCCUUCUGUCAGUGGUGGAGCAGUACAGAUUGGACCUGCAGACGCUUGCCACCCUGCGACUGGAGCUCUACAACCUGUCAAUCAUCCUGACAGCCAUUCAGGAAGAGAUCGGAGCGUACGACUACGAGGAGCUUCAGCAGAGGGUGUUACUGCUGGAGACCAGGCUACACAGCUGCAUGAACAAACUCGGUUGUGGUCGUCUGACUGCAGUUAGUAUCCCAAUCACCGUGAGAGCCUCGGGGUCCCGUUUUGGCUCCUGGAUGACUGACGCCAUGAUUCCCAGCUCUGACAGCAGGGUGUGGUCGAUGGACGGCUACUAUAAGGGCAGGCGUGUGCUGGAGUACAGAACCAUGGGGGAUUUCACAAAGGGGCAGAACUUUGUGCAGCAUCUGUUGCCUCACCCCUGGGCAGGAACCGGCCAUGUGGUGUACAACGGGUCACUCUACUACAACAAACACCAGAGCAACAUCCUGAUUCAGUACCACUUCCGCUCCCGCAGUGUGUUGCUCCAGCGCAGCCUGAGUGGAGCCGGAUACAACAACACCUUCCCCUACAGCUGGGGAGGAUCCUCUGACAUCGACCUCAUGGCUGACGAGAUGGGACUCUGGGCCGUCUACACCUCCAUCCCAAACGCUGGAAACAUUAUGGUGAGUCGUCUGGACUCUCGCUCGCUGGAAGUCCUCCGGAGCUGGGACACGGGGUUUCCUAAGCGCAGCGCAGGUGAGGCCUUUAUGAUCUGCGGCACCCUGUAUGUCACCAACUCCCACCUGGCCGGGGCCAAGGUGCACUUUGCCUACCACACCAACUCCUCCACGUACGAGUACACAGACAUCCCCUUCCAUAACCAGUACUCCCACAUCAGCAUGAUGGACUACAACCCCAGAGAGAGAGCGCUGUACGCCUGGAACAACGGACACCAGGUGCUCUACAACGUCACACUGUUUCACGUCAUUAGGAGUGACGGAUAGAUCGACAUGUAAGAAAUGGUAAAACAAGAGAGAGAGAGAGAGAGGGAGGCGAUGAGUCGUUAAAGGGUAAUGCAACUUACAACACACACAUGCACACACACUCAAUGGACAUUUACGUCAACAGGACAAUGAGUCCCGUCUGUGUUUGAGCUCGAAGGACUUCUAGACUGCCAGAACUCACGGCGCUAAUAACUAGACACAGAACACAGUUGUCAAAGGUCACGGACAAAGUUCUCAUGACAGCGAAGAAGAAAACGAUCUGCUUCUGCUGCAGGGACGCUGAUGGAUAGAAGUCGGACAGUUUUGAGUUCAUCCGUAUUCUGUUGCGUUUCAUUCCACUUGUGUCUCAAGAAGUGAAGUUGAGGUUGAAUCAUAAAAAAAAAGGAAAAAAAAUGCAACUUGUGAACUGAAUUUCAACUCUCUUCAGAACUUGAGCUCUGACGACGGACCUGAUG